UGUAUCCAACCAGCGACUCUUGGCUCUUGCUACAGACGUUGCAUGCUUACGUGAAGUUAGUUCAAUGUAUGUUGCAUCAUAUGUUGUGAAAAGUGUCAUUACACUUAAUGCAGGAUCAUCAGUAACUCGGCAAAUACUGGGAACGUCAUUCCGGAAUUACAGUCAAAAGAAGAAAUUGUAUGACAUAUUGAAAAGUAUGCCUAAAAAGGUGGACGUCAAAGAACUGCAAGGCAUUCGCCUUGCCCGUAAAGAGAAAUUACGUAAAUACUCUCCAUCUACAGUGUAUCUUCAAGUACUUGGAUCUGGAGCACCAGGAGCACCAAGGUCUCUCUAUGUCUUCACUGAACAAGCAAGGUUUCUCUUCAAUUGUGGAGAGGGGUCACAAAGGCUUGCGUAUGAACACAAGGUGAAGUUGGGAAUGAUGGAACAUAUUUUGAUUACUCAUAAAUCAUGGAGUAAUGUUGGAGGCCUUCCCGGAAUUCUUCUUACUCUUCAGGAUACUGGUGUUCCAGAGAUUAAUCUCCAUGGACCAGCUGGGAUUGAGUCUCUCUAUUUUGGUACUAGACACUUCAUCCGGUUUCGGGACUUGAACAUCAAUUACAGGCAUUACGCUGAAAAUAAUGGCAUCAUUGGUGAUGGCAAUGAUCCAUUGAGUAUUGAGGCUGUUCCUCUUUGGGCCAAAGAUGAAUCGUCAACUGGUGAUAGCAGUGAGAAAGAUCCCAUGGAUGAAAAUGAGGAGGAAGUUGAAGAUUUGUUUGCACAUGAGCAGCCUUGGUUGAAGAAGAAUCCAAGUCUGGGAAGGGAUAAUUUGAGCUCAGAAGAAAGAAGGGAGAAGCUUGAAGAAAGCAAAAAAUGUAAAAACCUCGCAGUUGCUUAUAUAUGUAGACCCCCUCCAAAGGCUGGAGCAUUGUUACUUGAGAAAUGUGUGAAAGCAGGAGUACCUCCUGGGCCACUGUUAGGGGACCUGAAGAGGGGGCAGAAUGUCACAUUACCCAAUGGAAAGGUUGUUUUAGCAUCAGAAGUCACAGCUCCAGAUGAUCCUGGUCCUGUUUUUAUUGUUGUGGAGGCUCCAACUGUGGCAUAUUUAGAUUCAUUAUUAAAUUGCAAAGCAUUCACCAAGUAUCAAGCUUCAGCAACCAGUGAUGGAGAUUUGGCAGAAGUAGUGGUUCACUUCACACCUUCACAUGUCGUUAGUGACCCUCGCUACCAGGAGUGGAUGUCACGAUUUUCUCCUUCCACAAAUCAUUUGUAUAUAAAUGAGGGCAGCCAGUGCAUGGGGUCAGAAGCUGUUCAUCGAAUACAGUACAAACUAAAUCUACUCAGUGAACAUCUUUUCCCUCUACUUAAAGAUCAGAGUAUUCCAGUAAAAAAAUUGCAAGAGGCCCCAUGUUGUGGUGAUAAAGAUGGCUCUGGCAAUCAGGAUGGACUUAAUGGAAAUAGUCAUCAGACUGAUAAUUCUGUGGAAAGUAACCAUGUAACUAAAGACAACACUGCUGCUUCUGUUUUGAAUACAGAAUAUAUCAUAGGGCCUGCGCAUCAAGCAACAACAUUAAUGACCUAUCAUAUAAGACCCAGGAAGAAACUUGACCGGUAUGUUAAGAUAUAAUUUUCCAUUUUGAUUUAAGAAUGUUAUGCUAUGGAGAACUUUGAGUCGGCACUGGAAGAAACAAAGUCGAAGCUGAUGGAGAGUAUGGGCAAUGCAGAAGGAUCUAACAGUUAUCCUAACGUCAUCUUCUUAGGAACUGGUUCCUGUAUUCCCAACAAAACUCGAAACACUUCAGGAAUAUUGAUGAAUCUGAGCUCCGACAAAACUCUGAUAAUGGACUGUGGCGAAGGAACAUACGGACAGUUAGUAAGAUUUUUUGGUUUAUCUGAGUCUGAGAAGGUGUUGCGACAACUGGCUGCUGUUUAUGUUAGCCAUCUUCAUGCUGACCAUCACAUCGGAUUUGUCCGAUUACUGUUGGCCAGACGACAAGCAUUCAAGCAUGCUGGAUUUGAAAGUGUACCAAAGCUGUUACUUCUAGCUCCUCAAAAAAUCAUUGCUUAUCUGCAUUCUUAUCACCAAAACUUUGAGCCUAUAUUACAAGACUUUACUUUAGUUGGGAACCAGAGAUUUUUAUUUGCUGAUUUUAAGUUUAGUGAUUCCUAUACUGAAAUUCGAGAACAAUUAGACAUGAAAUCCAUUGAUAUGACAUAUGUGAUACAUUGCCCCAACUCAUUUGGUGUAGCAUGGACUCAUAAAGAUGGAUGGAAAGUAGCUUACUCUGGAGAUACUAUGCCAUGUGAAGAGUUUGUUAGAAUAGGUAAGUUAUAUUGUGUCAAAAAUUGUGAUUUGUUGAUCCAUGAAGCCACAAUGGAAGAUGAAUUGGAGGAGGAUGCUAGAAUUAAGACACACUCAACCACGUCACAAGCUAUUCAGGUUGGGCAUGACAUGAAUGCUCAUCACAUUUUGCUCACUCAUUUCUCACAACGGUAUGCUAAAGUACCGCUUCUACAGUCAGCUGUUCCAGAGAAUGUUGGGAUUGCUUUUGAUAAUAUGAAGGUCUGCCUUCAUAAUUUUCCAAAGUUGCAUCACAUGUAUAAGGCUUUGGUAACAAUGUUUGCUGAAGACUACGAUGACAUGCUAGGGAAAACUGCUAAAAAACGUGCUGCCCGUGAAAAUUUGAAAGCCCAAAUGGAAAGCCUCAUUGCAAAGAGUAAUAUUACGGAAAGUGUCUCGAAAAAGCAGAAAGUAAAUACGUAAGGUGUGAGAUUAAUAUUUAUUUAUUAAAGUAUUUGUAAACUUUACAUUCACUAAAGUUGAUUUUGUACUCAGGUUAGCAUUUUUAAUGUGAACCUAAUGUGCAGGUCUUGCAAAGCACACCAUACACCAUCAUAUUUUAUUUGGGGAUCUUCCUGUACGUACAGACAUUCUUUCCAUUACUGAAAAAGCAGUGAUGACUUUGCCAGUUAGAAUCACGACUGGUACCUGUGAAUGUGUUUAUGAAUUGUGUAUAUACUGCAGUUUAGCUAAAGGGCAGUUGGUCUUAGCCCUGAUUUAGCUUAAUAUAUUAUAUAUAUUUUGUAACAAAUACUGUACAGUGUUGACUAUAACUGAUUUAUACUUCUUAGUAAUAGAAUGCUCUGAAAUUUUGAUGUAGGUAACCAUCAAGGAAUUGUCCAUUCCAGAAGUAAAUCUUAUACAGUAACACAAAGAAUUUUAUUUUAACUUCUAUCUUCCUAUGAAUUGGAUGGAACAAAAGUAUAUACAGUACUGUACAUACAUACGUAUAUGUAUUUUGUUAAUUUUGAGGGGAAACGACCUUCAAUUUAUCUGCUUACGAGUACAGGCAGUCCCCGGGUUACGACGGUUCGGCUUACGACGUUCCGAGGUUAAGGCGCUUUUCAAUUAUAUUGAUCAGUAAUUAUUUCCAGGGUUACGACGCCUACAACUCUGAUCUGGCAGAAGAAAUAUGACACAAAGACUGCAAAAUAAUCAAUAUUUGAAGGUUUUUUGAUGAAAAAUGCAAUAAGAAUACAGUUUACAUAAUUUUUAAUGCACCUAAAGCAUUAAAAGUAAGGUUUUCUUAGGAUUUUUGAUGAUGUUCCAGCUUACGACGAUUUUCGGGCUACAAUGCGUCUCAAGAACGGAACCCUCGUCGUAACCCGGGGACUGCCUGUAUUGGUAAAAGAAAGUAAAUUUGAAUUUACAGAACACUUUAAAUAUAGUUUUAAUAUGAGACAGUGUAUUUUGUGUAGAAACUUAUAAACAUUACUUAAUUUCAUUUUUAGAGUGGUAUGUGUGUGUUGUUGCAGAUUUGUAUUGCUUAAAUGUUAGCUCUUAAUUUGAAUACUUGUCCUUUUUUACACAGUCUUCUGCGUUAUGUAUUUUUGUUUGACCUAAUUUCAAUUUUCCUUGCUUCCACAGUCGGAAGUAGUACUUGUUCAUUAAAACACAACAUGAUCUUCGAUCCCUUUGUUGAAUUUAGAUGUGAAAGUAUAAAAUUGUUUGUGCCAGAAGAGUGAUCAGUUAUGGUACUGUUUGGUAAUUUUUUGGCUGGUAAAAUCUAACUUCCUUAACACAAGCCAAAAAGAGACAUGUAUCAGAAGAGCAAAGUACAAUCUGAAUUUGAAAAGAGAAACUUCCACAUUCAGACAAAAGGUAAAGGAGAUAAAGGACAAACUAAAGGUAAAAAUAAAGAUGAGGGUCCAGUUACUAUGGGAGGUUAAGGCUUCAUAGAAAAAGUGGAUGUAAGGCAACUGUAGAGGUCAAGAAUGAUAAAUUAAGCAUCAUGGAAUAAUAAUGACAUUCUUUGAAAUGCAGUGACAGUGUGGAGCUCCUGCACUCGAGGUGUCCCCCUGUAAGAGACUGCAGAGAACUCCUUUUAUGACGAGAAAAAGUCUGUUACUGAAUUCGACUAAUGAGGCUAAAGCUUAGGAGCUGAAUGUGUGGAAAAAGUAAUCGGAGGAAAGUGAUCGACCCUAAGGAUUAGAAGUUCAAGGUUGUCCACUUGGUUGUUUGCAGAAAUUAAGCACUUUGAUUUCAGGAAUUCUAUGAAAAUUACUACAUUUCUUCUGACCAUAAAUACUUUGAAAUAAGAAAAAUAC